GUUAUGGCAGGGCUGCUGGUGGCUGGUGGCAUUUACCAGACAGCAGACGGGCAGCGCUGAGCAGACGGGGGGAGGGGGGGGACAGGCUGCAGACACGCCCUCACAACUAGAGAGUGGAGGACGCCACUGAACAUGUCACAAGCUUAUAUCUCACGUCACAAAAUGGCCGAGAAUGGAGUGAAGGGGAAGCCCCUGUACUCGGUGGAGACCCCGUAUGGUUUCCAGAUCGAUCUGGAUUUCCUGAAAUAUGUGGAUGACAUCGAGAAAGGAAACACCAUCAAAAGAGUUCCUGUUCAGCGCAGAAGUAAGGGACCUCGGGCCAGCACUCUGCCCAGACAGUUCAACCCCUCAGGAGGCGGCUACCGCCCAAGCCCCUGGGGGUCUACAGGAGCUCUUGGCCCCCGAUCUCAACCAUUGGACAUCCAUCAUCAUCAUGGCUAUGAGUCUUGGGCCUACAAUCGCAGGACACCCCUGUCUCCCACUGGCCUCCAGUCUCUGUCCGAAAUGGAGGCGAGAAUCAAGGAGUUUGAUGAGCAGCCUUUCGGAGAGCACAUCAGGCCUCAUCUCCUCCGGGCCUCCAGUUUGCCACUAACAGUGCUACUACGGCAAGAAUCAGAGUCCACAGAUGACCAAAGCAGCCUCCGCAGUUCUAGGGAUCGUCUGGGAGGAAGAAACACCUCAUGUGAGGACGUUUUUGACCCUCCAGGCAGCCCUCACCCACAGGACAGUUCAGGGCUGCUGAGGCGCCUGACUGAAGCCCUUGAAUGUGUGGCAGAGCUUGAGAUGCAAGUGAGGGUCAUUCCUGAGCUCAGGGCUCAGAUUUGCAUCCUCCAGGAGGAAAGAGAAAGGCUUCGUCUGGGUCUGGAUCCAUACGCCCCUCCAUCCAAGAUGAAUGGAACUACGGAGCCUUGCCUUUCCUCUCCCUGCAGCAAAGUGGGCAUCCAGCGGAAAAGUCAAGAUGAAAGGCUUCCUAGAAAUCACAGUAUCCGUCGGAAUGAUUCAAGCUGCUCGCAUGAAUGGAAGACCAGCACGGAUCUGGAUGAGCUGCUGACUGUGACGUCCCUGCAGGCUAAAGUAGCUGCAUUGGACCAGAAGCUCCAGGAGACUGAGCUGGACCUCCAGAGGGUUCUGGGGAUGUUGAGGGAGCAGCAGGAAGAGAGCAGGAGGAAAGAUGAUAAGAUAGAGCACCUCAUUAGGAAUCCUGGGGUGUGGGUCCGAGCUGAGAGGGUGACGGUAGACCAGGACGGAGAUGAGACUGGGGUGAAGUCUGUCCGACCUGAUCACAAUAAAGCCUCCUCCUUCAUAUGUACAACAACUGUAACAAAUGGUGAAAGACAUCUAAAACGGGAUUCUGUAACUUCUACUAAAAGGGUGGAACCUGCUGAAGCCCCAGCUGAGGGUGCAGAACCACCGGAAAUCGUUCAUCACAUCAGGAGGAUCAAGAGUCUCCUGGAUCAGCAGUGGGACUGUGUGUGUGGAGAGCCAGGAGCAAAGAGCAGACCUCUAAAACACCCAGAUCCCAAAAUCAACUCCCUGCAGCAGGAGAUGACGGAACUGCUGAACAUCCUCAUGUGUGAGUACAGACCGGGCGGAGGCAGUGAUGGAGAAAAGAGUCAGCAAGGAGCCUCUAAAUCCACCCUGAAGAUGGAUGCAAGUGGCCAAAAGUCAAAGAGCCUGCACUCAAAAGCUGCAAAUGAAGGUGGAAACCUGCUGAAUCGGGGCCAGGCUGGGAGGGUGGCUGCAGCGCAGGUAGGUGCAGACCCUGCAAACCGAGUGACUGAAGCAGAGAGGCCAACCGGCCCAGAGGGACAUCUGACGCCAGUGGGAACGAUAUCAGGACAGACUGAUGGAGGCAGAGCGCUGCUGGAGGACACGACUCCAGAGAAAACGGCCAAAACGAACGCUCCAGGUGAACAGAUGGAGAUAAACUCAGGAGCCAGGAGCAGUGACACAGUUAGUGCAGAUGUCAUGUCUGCUUGUCUUUUCCUCAAAGAUCAUGUAGACAACAUGACCAACCCAAACGACGACAUGAGGAAAGCUCUGGUCACAGUGUUUGAGUUCUGGUUCAGCGCUGCAGCGGAGGAGAACUCUGAGGCCUGCAGGGUGUCUGAGUUCCUGAAGGAUGUGAGGAGGACGACUCCGCCAUUGCUGGCCUUUCUCGUAAACCUUGCAGACGACAACGGCAACACGGUGCUGCACUACAGCGUGUCCCACUGCAACUACAGCAUCGUCAGCCUGUUGCUGGACACAGGUGUGACUGAUGUGAACAUUCAGAACAACGCCGGCUACACAGCAGUGAUGCUAGCCUCGCUAACAGCUCCUGAGGGACCUGCUGGGAUGGAGGUCGUACGCAAACUGAUGGAGCUGGGAAACGUCAACAUUUGCUCCAAGCAGACAGGCCAGGCAGCCCUGCACUUGGCAGUGAGACACGGUCGAGUCGUCAUGGUCCGACUGCUGUUGAGCCGUGGGGCUGACGCUAACAUCCAGGACAACCAGGGUAAAACGGCGCUCAUGUUCGCCUCUGAGCGAGGACACACCCACAUCGCCAGACUGCUGCUGGAGAGGAGCCAGUGUGAUCUGAGGCUCACAGACAAGCGGGGUCGGAGCGCUCUCUCCAUCGCAAUGGAAGGUUCCCACAUGGACACGGCCACCCUUCUGCAGGCCCACGCUAAAGCCCGAGCUCAUGUCACCGCUGGAGAACAUCUGUAGAGUCGUCGUCUUCUCACACACUUCAGGAGACAGAUUUAACACGCUGGGAGCUGGACCAGCGGACGGACAGACGAGACUAAAACGAGAAUCGAUCACUGACUCAGAGGUUGGACGACUGUUGGUCGAUGCACUUUUAAAUUAAUACUCUGAUUUCAUUUGCUUUUACUUUAAAGGUUGUAGCGGAUCUCUGUACACUAACGUCGCUACCGAGCUCCACAAGCUAUGCAAUGGAAUUUGUAUUUAUUCAUAAAUGUUUGUAUGAUAUUUUAUGUUUGCAGUUGUCAAAAAUAUUUAAAACUUUUAAUGAUUUUCAGGUAAAUUUAUAAUAAUUUGGAGAAAUUAAGCAGCAACUGAAAAUAUCUGCAUGCCAAGCACAGUGAAUAAAAGAAAGGCAGUCA